AUGACUGUACCGUCAACCGAAGCCCCAACCUACAGUCAGAUAGCCUGUGUUGGUGCCGGCCUAUCGGCUGUGGCUCUAGGCGCUACGUUACAGAGAUGGUAUGGCAUUGAAGACAUUCGUUUCUUUGAGCGACAUCCCACGACCGGUGGAACAUGGUACAUCAAUACGUAUCCAGGAUGCGGCUGCGAUGUCCCAAGCGCUCUUUAUAGCUUUUCUUUCGCGCAGAACCCGAAUUGGACAAAGCUUAUGCCAUCUAAUAAGGAAAUCAAGGAGUACGUGGAUAAGGUGGUGAAAACCUACAAUCUGCUUCCGAAGAUGACCUUCGGAGUGGAAGUUAUCCGUAGUGUCUGGAGAGAGGACGCCAAUCGAUGGCUUCUCUACCUGCGAGAUUCGACAGGAAGGGAAUAUACCCACGAAUGCCAAAUUCUUUUUGCAGCUACUGGGCAACUUGUAGAGCCCCGUGAGUGCGAAAUCCCUGGUGCGUCGGAGUUUGAAGGAAAUAUCUUCCAUUCGGCCCGCUGGGACCAUAGCGUGGAUCUGAAGGGGAAGAAAGUCGUUGUCAUUGGAAAUGGAUGUACUGCUGCACAGAUUGUCCCAGCUCUUGUGAAGGAUGGAGGUGUGAAAUCACUUACCCAGGUUAUCCGAACAAAGCACUGGAUCUUCCCGGCGCCAAACUUCAGCUAUCCCAAGCUACUCCAGUGGAUUUUCCGCUACGUCCCAUUGGCCAUGAGACUACACAGAUUCCACAUCUUUUUGAUCGCUGAGAACGAUUUUCGUCUAUUUCCAAUGACAAAGAGUGCGGCCAAACUGAGGGAGAAGAGAAGAAAACAGGUGGAAACGUAUAUGCGGCGGGCUGGUCCGGAAAAGUAUCAUGAUUUGCUCAUCCCAGAUUUUGAUGUAGGCUGCAAGCGGCGAAUCUUUGACCCCGGGUAUCUGGAAUCACUGCAUGACGACAAGGUGCUGCUGACAGACGCGAAAGCCGAAAGAAUAACCGCAGAGGGUAUCAAAACCAACAAGGGAUUCAUUCCUGCUGACGUUAUUGUGCUCGCAACAGGCUUCAAAACCAACAAGUUUAUUCCCUACAUGGAUGUCGUUGGACGUAACGGCCAAAAUGUCGAGCAGCACUGGGGGAGCAAGGAAUACGGCGGUCCAGCAGCGUACAACUGCUCUGCACUGAAUGGAUUUCCUAACUUCUUCAUGCUAUUGGGCCCCAAUGCUGCGACUGGUCAUACGUCUGCCAUGAUGGCUGCAGAGAACUCGAUAAACUAUGCCCUUCGCGUCCUCAAGCCAGUUCUAGAUGGUGAUGCUGGUUCGAUCGAGGUCACUGCCAAAGCUGAGCACGAUUACGUGUAUUGGGUGCAAGACGCACUGAAAAAGCGUGUUUGGAACGCUGGAUGUUUGUCGUGGUAUCUUAACGAUAAAAACUGGAACUCCAUGUCCUACCCCUGGACUCAAGGCCACUACUGGUGGAGAAGUCUGUUUCCUACAUGGUCUGACUGGUCUAUCAAGGUUCGAGCUUCAAGCUUCCCGUCGUCUGGCUAG